AUGGAGAAAAAUGUGUCUCUACCAUCAAAUCUGUGGCUGCUUAAGAAGAAGAGAAGGGCUUCCAGAGUUCGUGUUCUUAUGCCUGAAGUUUACAUUUCUGCUGAAUCUUUAUUAAAUGCUCUCAUUGCUCUGGCUCACCAAGUAAUGUCUUGCCAGAAGCCUCCAGGAUGCCAGAGGAGAAAUGCGGUCUCCAUCACUCGAAAAGUUAAGGUUUUGUCUAUACUUUUUGAAGAGGUCAGAGAUUUCAGCAUUUCCCUUCCUCCUUCUGCUUUGAAAUCUUUUAGAGAAUUGUUUAUUUUAUUGCAGAGAACUAAAUAUUUGCUGGAGGACUGUAGUAGUGAUGGGAGUUGUGUUUGGUUUUUUUUGCACACACAAGAAAUCUCAAACCAAUUUUAUGGUUUGAUACAUGAUAUGGCCUCUGCAAUGGAUUUGCUUCCCUUGAGAUUGUUGGAUGUCUCAGAUGAGAUCAGGGAGCAAGUUGAGUUGCUUCACCAUCAGGCCAAGAGUGCCAAAUUGUUUGUUGAUCAGGCCAAGGAAAAACUUGGCAGAGAUGUUUUUGCGGUGCUGGAUGAGUUUGAAAAGGAGAUAGCUCCAGAUGAAUCUCGACUCAGAAGGAUUUUGGAUGGCCUGAAUAUCGAAAAUGCAAUGGAUUGCCAAAGAGAAACAGAGUUAUUGGAGGAAGAGAUGAGAAAUCAGAAAGAAUUAGGAGCAGAGAAAAAUGUGUCACUAAUUAAUACCUUGAUUGCCUUCAUGCGCUACUGUAAAUGUGUCCUGUUUUGGAUGGAUUUUGAUCCACAGUUCCAACUAUCAAGCAGAACCCAAUCCUGUGGAUUUUCUGUGGAUGCUUCUCCUAUACCCGAUGAUUUCCGAUGUCCAAUCUCACUGGAUUUAAUGCAAGAGCCCGUUAUUGUAUGCACAGGGCAAACAUAUGAUCUGGCAUCCAUUACCAGAUGGAUCAAGGAAGGACAAUCUACAUGUCCAAAGAGUGGGCAGAAGCUUGUGCACACAAAUCUGACUCCAAAUUAUGCUCUUCAAAGCCUAAUUGUUCAGUACUGUGCCGAGCAUAAAAUCUCCUUAGAAAAGUCAGAAGGAAUAAAGAAAAGUUCUUUCUUGGAGGGCAUUCCAAGUACAAAGGCAGCGAUACAAGCAGGAAAAAUGACGGCAGAUUUUCUUGUGGAAAGGCUUUGUACAAGAUCAUUUGGAGUAAAAAAGCGGGCUGCUUAUGAACUCAGAUUACUUGCUAAAUUUGGCAUGCACAAUAGGGCUUGCAUUGCAGAAGCAGGAGCCAUACCAUUACUUGUGCCCCUGCUUUCUUCAAAGGAUCCCAAAGCUCAAGAGAAUGCUGUAACUGCACUUCUAAAUCUAUCCAUAUAUGAGAGCAAUAAAACUAGAAUAAUGGAGUCUGGUGCAUUGCUGCCAAUCAUUAGGGUUGUAAGAAGUGGAUGCAGCAUGGAAGCUCGAGAAAAUGCAGCUGCAACACUCUUUAGUAUUUCAUCUCUAGAUAAAUAUAAGAAAUUAAUUGGAGAGACUCCAGAAGCCAUUCCAGCCUUGAUAGAUCUUCUUCGAGACGGAACUGCAAGAGGGAAAAGCGAUGCAGCGAAUGCCCUGUUUCAUCUAUCAGCUUUUCAUGGAAAUGAUUUACAGGUAGUAGCAGCUGGGGCAGUCCCUUUGCUGGUUAAUCUCCUAACAGAUGAAAGACCAGGUCUUGUAGAUGACGCUAUCUCUGUUCUUGCUCUGCUUUCCAGACAAUUUGAGGGUUUAAUUGCACUUAGUGAAGCCUCUGCAAUACCUCCACUUAUCAGUCUUCUUAGAUCAGGUUCUUCCUCACCCAAAACCAAGGAGAAUUCAGUUGCUAUCUUACUAGCACUGUGCUGCCAUACAGGAGCUGAAACUGUAAAUAUGUUGUUGAGAAUGCCAUCACUUACGCCUUGUCUGUAUAGUCUUCUCACUUCGGGCACUCCUCGAGCCACAAAGAAAGCCACUUCACUUCUCAGAAUCCUUCACAAUUGGGUACCUUCCCAAUCUCCUCAAAGCAUUCUUUCCUCUCAGAAUCAGAAUCCAGUUGCUUCGGUGAUGUAG